GUCCUAGUAAAAAGAUGAGAAUAGAUGAAGACUCUUAAAAUGUUAAGUUACUUGAAACUUGUAUUUAUUGUACCAUUUCGUGUAAAGAGACAGUUUUCUUCAGCGUUAUAUAUAACGGGGGACAAAGCUCACAAAACAUUUGCAGUGCUAACACCGGUGAUCGAUUUCGAGAAACAGUUAGAAAACAAAGAUGUUUUGGAAAGGAAUUUUAAGGCGAGGCAGCUACCUCUGGAUAUAGAUAAAAUAGAAGAGAGGUGGAAAUUCUUUCACGAUAUAGACAUUCAGAAAAAAACUUUAGAAUUAACACGGAUUAAGAUAGGAGCUCUGGUAAGAGAAUUAAUGAAGGACGAGGAGGCUAAUAAACAUGAAAUCGAGAAAUAUAAAUUACAUUCGAGGUUAGUAAAAGAUGAUUUAAAUAACGUUAAACAAUAUUUCCACAAUCUUGAAGAGGAUACCAUGUUAAUUUUACUUAAUUUACCCAACGUUUUACAUGAAAAAACACCGCUUGAACUCGUGACACUACACAAGUUUUUAGAAAAUUCUGAAGAAAAAUCGCUAUCUCAUAUGGAAAUUGCGGAAAAAUGUAAAUUGAUCGAAUACAUAGAUCCAUUUACGUGUUACUUUAAAUCCGAUGCCGCCUUAUUCGAAAUGGCAGUCUUAAAUUAUUUUAGACACUCGUUACUAGAUUUGGAUUACACACAAUUCUCCAAUCCCGAUUUUUGCCGCAGCGUCAUCGUUGAAGGUUGUGGAAUUAAACACGAGGAAAAAUCAAAAGUUUUUAUGUUGGAACGACACGAUCAAUCCAAGGACGACGUAAAUCGUUUACAUUUAUGUGGCGCAGCCUCACUUUCUUCAUUUAUGGCAUAUUUCUGUAGGCACACCAUUCAGCAGUCAUACUUUCCGUUAAUGUAUUUCUCCGUUGGUAGAAAAUAUCAGCCGAUUAGCGAGAAAACUCCGAAGAACUUGUUCAAUCUAAGCCAAGAAUCGGUUAUAAAUAUCUUCACGUCGACAUUGGAAGAAGAGGAUAUUUUAGACGAAGUAUCUAAACAUGUUGUUACCUUGUAUGAGUCGUUGGGAUACCAUUUUAGAUUAGCUUACUUACCGGCCAACAAGCUGGAUGAAUCGGAGAGUCUCAGACUGUCAAUUCAAAUGUAUUCGAAUCACCUGAAAGACUAUGUGGAGGUGGGGAAUAUUUCCGCUUAUGAUAGUUACCUGAGUAAACGGUUAUUAUUUAAUUAUAGCGUUGAUAAAGAACGGAGGUAUCCCAAAAUUAUCGCUGGGACUUUAGUGAACAUACCGAAACUGUUGGGUUGUGUUUUAGAAAACAAUUCAGUGAAAAGCGCUAGUUUAAUAACUUCUUUACUGCAAAAAUUUAUGUUUGUUUGAAAGUUUCUUUGUCGAUAUAAAAGUUUCUGUAAUCUAUUACAUACCCUUUCUUCCAAUAAAAUACAAGGCGUUUUAUUUUA